AUGUCCUUAAAACGUAUCAAUAAAGAGUUAUCAGACUUAGGAAGAGACCCCCCUUCAUCAUGCUCAGCAGGUCCAGUAGGUGACGAUUUAUACCACUGGCAAGCUUCUAUAAUGGGUCCACCAGACUCACCAUAUGCUGGUGGUGUGUUCUUCUUGAGCAUCCACUUUCCAACAGAUUACCCAUUCAAACCUCCAAAGAUUGCUUUCACAACAAAGAUCUACCACCCAAAUAUCAACAGUAACGGUAACAUCUGUUUAGAUAUCUUGAAGGACCAAUGGUCACCAGCUUUAACUAUAUCGAAGGUCUUGUUGUCGAUUUGUUCCUUAUUGACUGAUGCCAACCCUGAUGAUCCAUUAGUGCCAGAAAUUGCACAUAUUUACAAACAAGAUAGAAAGAAAUAUGAGGCUACUGCUAAAGAAUGGACUAAGAAAUAUGCUGUAUAG